AUGGAUCAAUUCUUCAACUAAAACAUCGAAACUUAUUUUAAGUAGUUUCAUCAGGCUUCAGAUAGCCAUGGUGCUGCAGAACUCAUCUCAGAUAGUGAUGAGAAUAUCUACGAUAGAAUUGAGGAAAGAGUUUCUGAAAUGAUCAGAAAGCCAGAAUUUAUAGACAAGACUAUCAUUAAUCUCCCUGAUAUUGCAGGUAUCAUUAAGCCACUUGAAUGUGCUGUUUUUAGUAAGAAAGAAUGCCCUUUAUGCAAAAAAAGUAUGGGGACAAGAAGAGAAUUGAGACGCAAUUAGAACAUUGAGUCUGUCAUUCAUAUACUUAGACCAAUCAUUAAUCUUUAUGAAGACUAAUAAUUUGCAAGUUCUAGUUAGCUUAAAGAGAAUUUCUUGUAAGAAAUGAGGGAUCUAGCAGAAAUCAAGGAAAAAUAACAAAUGCAAAUGAGCAAAGCCAAUAAGGAGGAUGAAAAAAUUGAGUCAGAAGAUUUGGAGAGUUAGGACAGUAAUUUCCUAAGGAAUCUGACAGAGAGGUAAGUAGGCAGAAAAAGAGGAUCAAAGCAGAGACAAGAGGAAGAGGAGGAAUCUGACAAUGAGAAUGGAGAGCUCGAUAUUUUUGAGAUUGAAUAAAGAUAAAUAAGAAGGAAGGUUAGUAGACUCAGAUAAGGUGGAAAGGGUUAGAACAAUCUCUCUGUUGAAGAUAGUCUGUAAGAAAAGUUAAUGCAUAUAGCACAGUAGAAUUCAGACCUCAAUAAUAAACUGGAUGAGCUAAAGAACCAUCUCGCUUCUCCAGAGGAAAUAAAGUAUUAUACUAAUUAUGAGAGACUCAAAGUUUAACUCAGAAAUGAUUAGAACUUUAUACGAAGAAACCUUAAGAUUUUGGAAAGAUUACCAGUCUUAGAUUUAAAGAUUAAAAUCUUAUUUGAUGAGGACUUGAAAACUUUAGCAUUUCCUAGUGUGAAAGAAUUUAUUUUCAGAGCUUCAUCUGAUACUACACUUGAGAUAGCAGCAAAAGUACUUUCUAAUAAGAAUCAGCACCCAAAUCUUUGGAGAUAUUACUCUUUCUCAGUAAUCAGAAAGAGAAAAGUCGGAGAGGAUUAGUAUGAAUAAUAUGAGUUUGAAAUUAAGAAUAUGAAGAAAAGUUUUGGGGAUUUUAAAGAUGACAUCGACUAGAAUGAUCUUGUCUUAUUUUACAAAAUUGAAUGUGAAUUUGAAUCACCUUUCGUAUGUAUUCAAAAUUUGAGGAAUGGAAACUCAAUGAUCAGAGAGAAAGAAUGA